GCUCUCAAGAUGAUUCCACGAGGGUCCCUCACGCCCUGCAUGCAAACGCACUGCUCAGUGCCUGAUAAGCAGUUCUGUCGCUCCAUGGAGGAUCUGAACUGUAGCAGUGCCUUGAGUGGCCGAGUCCCAGUGAGAGGACAUUUCCCAUCAUUCCCUGCCUCCUCGCCCUCGGGUCAGCUGACGGUCCCGGGUGUGUGUGCGGGUCCCAUCGGACGCAGCCAGAGCUCCAGCAACCUCCCCCAGAACCCCUACCAGGACACACACACACACACACACUCUCUCAGCAGCCCGAGCAGAUCCUACAGCCAGUGGGACAUGAGCGUCGCCGCACGCAGACACACACAGGGACACGUACAGCUCUCAUCAUCGGCCUACAGUUCCCAGAGUUCCCUGUCGGAGGCGGGGAGAAGCCAGUGGGCGGAGCCCCCGAAGCCGUCGCCGGGGCAACGGCCCCUCCAGUCGCUCCAGCUCUGGGAUCAGUACCGAGACCCCGGGACCGGACGCUGUUAUUACAUCAACACCGUAACGAAGGAGCGCUCGUGGAAACCUCCCCGCCGAGCACGCGAGAGCAGCGGCAACCAGAACAAGGUUAAUGCGGUUCAUCAUGACCUCAGGCACCUCUCGCUCCCCUUACAGAACUCAGGAACCAGCUCUAUGGACAGGCUCUCACCUGAUCUCUCCUACAUUACCCAUAAUGCCAAUGGCUGGCAGCUGAGUCAGAGCAUGCAGAGGGCGUCGUCAUCGGAUGCGUUAAGCUCCGCCUCCUGCGAGGAUUCACGCCGCGUCGGCUCCGCCUUGACAGGGGGCGUGGUCCACAUGAGCCACUCCUACUCCAUGUUCCUGCAGUCGCCGGCUCCGAGAACUGCUGCAAACGGAAAAACCGACUACAGGCUGGUGGUGGAAGCGCCUUCAUCCGACAGCUCACCGGAUAAUGAAGGUGUAACACCGGAACUGGAAAAGGCCGGUCUGCUCAACAAAACCAAGAUAGCAGAAGGAGGCAGGAAACUGAGGAAGAACUGGAACCCUUCAUGGGUGGUGCUGGUGGGAAACAGUCUCGUGUUCUUCAAAGACCCUAAAAGCCAAAAUCCUGACAGCUGGAAACCGGGUAACAGCCGCCCAGAGAGCAGUGUGGACCUGAGAGGAGCUCAGCUUCAGUGGGCCAACGAUCUGUCCAGCAAAAAAAACGUCUUCAAGCUGAGGACGAUUACGGGAAAUGAGUUCUUGCUGCAGUCGGAGACGGACUCUCUCAUUAGAGAAUGGUACAGAACCAUCCAGAACGUCAUCGACAGACUGGAUAAGGAGAACCCUCUGGAUAAUGUCCUGCUGUAUUCCCUGAGGAGAGCCGGCUCGGUGGAGAUGCUGGAGCAGAGCGGAGACGAGGACGAGAACCGCGGAGGGGUCAAGGCGUCGCUCCCUCGUUCCUCGUCUUACAUGGAGAACUCCGAACGCAAGCGUGUGAAGAGCCGCCUGAAGAAGCUGAUCCUCCGCCGGCCGCCUCUGCAGACACUGCAGGAGAAAGGACUCAUUAAAGAUCAGGUGUUCGGCUGUGGGCUGGAGCUUCUGUGUGACCGGGAGAAAUGCACCGUUCCACAGUUCGUCAGGAAAUGCACCGAAGCCGUGGAGAAGAGAGGUUUGGAGACUGAUGGGAUUUACAGAGUCAGUGGGAAUCUUGCCGUCAUUCAGAAACUGCGAUUUUCUGUCAAUCAUGAGCGAGCAGUGACCACAGACGGACGCUAUCUCUUCCCUGAGGAUUUAGUGCAAGAGCGUCUGGAUCUGGACGACCCGCAGUGGGACGACAUCCACGUCAUCACCGGCGCACUCAAGCUGUUCUUCCGAGAGCUUCCCGAGCCGCUCAUCCCGUACGGAUUCUUCCACGACAUCGUCGAGACCGUCAAAUUAUCCAGUUACCCGGAGAAGGUGGAGCGACUGAAGCUCCUGGUCAUCAGCAUGCCUCCGCCAAACCACGACACCUUGAGUCACAUGAUCCGACACCUGAAACGGGUGAAGGAGAGAUCCGACUGCAACCGCAUGACGACGCAGAACAUCGGCAUCGUGUUCGGGCCCACGCUCAUGCGUCCGGAGAACGAGGGCGGGAACAUGGCCGUCAACAUGCUGUAUCAGAACCAGGCCAUCGAGCUGCUGCUGAGCGAGCACGAGCGCAUCUUCGAGACCGCCUCGUCCUGAGAACAGCGGCACGCGGACACUUCCGGCCUCGGGACUCAGGGAUCGGGAGCGCUACUCACGAGAGCUGGUUAUGAAUGGGUGGAUCUCAUGAAAACGGGUCACGUUUCAGCCAAUAAAAAAUAGAAACAACAUGUUGCAUAAAGAAAAUACAUUUUUAGGAUCGUUGAGAUAUUGUUUUAAUGAUGACAAUUAAACAUUUUCAGUUUUCACCAUACAUUUUCAGUACAUUUGCAUUUUAUUUUUAUUUUGUACAGUAUAAAUUCUAAUUUUUAAAAAAAAAUAAAAGCAAAAUUUUACAUAAAGAAAAUACAUUUUAGGAUCGUUAAGAUAAUAUUUGAAUGACAAUUAAACAUUUUCACCACGCAUUUUCUGUAUAUUUACAUUUUUAUUUUGUACAGUACAAAUUCUCAAAAAAACUAAAAUUGUUUUUUUUUAUUUUGUCUAUAAAAAAUAUAAACAUUUAGCAUAAAGAAAAGAAAUUUUAGGAUUUUUAAAAUAAUAUUUAAAUGACAAUUAAACAUUUUCACCAUACAUUUUCAGUGCGUCUAGAGGUUUUUUUUUUAUGUACAGUAAAAAUUCUCCAAAGCUCUCUAAAGUUUUGUCUCUAAAAAUAAUAUAAGCACAAUUUUGCAUAAAUAAUUUUUUUAGGAUCGUUAAGAUAAUAUUUGAUUACAUUUUUAUUUUGUACAGUAGAAAUUCUCAACAAAAAAAAAAUUCUGUAAAAACUAUAAACAAAAUUUUUCGUAAAGAAUGUGAAUGAUUUUUUAGGAUUGAUAGGAUAUAAUUUUUAAUGACAAUUUCAAAAAAGAUUUCCGGUGCAUCCAGAUGUUUUUGUUUUUUUUUGUACAGUAAAAAUUCUCCAAAGCUUUUCAAAGUGUUGUCUCUAAAAUAAUUCUCAAUUGCAUAAAGAAAAUGAUCGUUAAGAUAAUAUUUAAAUGACAUCAUCCAGGUGUGUUUAAAAAAAAUGUACAGUGAAAAUUCUCCAAAGCUCUGUAAAGUUUUGUCUAAAAAAUAUUUACAAAAAAAUGUAUAAAGAAAAUGAAUUUUUAGGAUCGUUAUGAUAUACAUUAUACAUUUCAAGUGCUUCCAGAUGUUUUUAUUUUUUUGUUUUUGUACAGUACAAAUUCUUCAAAGUUCUCUUAGUCUUCUCUAAAAUUAAAAACAAAAUUUUGCAUAAAGAAAAGGAGGAUAGACAUGAAGACAUGGUUCUUUCAAAUAUACAAAAUUUAAUUUUAUUUAACAUACAUUUUAUUAUUAUUAUUAUUAUUGUUUUAUAUAGAAUUGUUCUAUAGUCUGUACAGUAUUUAAGGUAAUUACAUCAAAAGUAACAAAUUAAAUUACAGAAGAGUAAUUCCUUUAUUUUUUUUAAGGUGAAAGUAAUUAAAUUGCAGUAAUUACUUACCAAGUAAUGCAUUACACCCAACACUGAUAAUGAGAAAUAAAUUAUGAUUUAAUUAAUAAUAACAAUAUUAUGCAAACAUAUGAUGUUUUGGGUGACCUGAAAGUGACUGGUUUUGUGAGAUUUACUGUGUGUGUGUGGAUCCAUCUUUCAACAGACUUCAUCCCUAGUGCCUUUUAAGCUUUUUUAUUUUAGUUUAUUCUCUUCUCAGAGCUUGUGUAGCUUUAAUGCACAAAGGAAAAGACUAAAAGCUUUCAAAUAAAGCUGUACACGUCAGUCAAUAAUAAUAAAGAUCAGCGCAGGUCAAAAGUUCGAGUCAUUUACUCGCCUUUUAAUGAAGAGAAAUAAAAUUGGGUGCGAUUCACUCCAGAAUGCAACGUAAUUUCCUUUACAUUGUUCCAAUGUGGUCUCCGAGUGUCUGUGUGAGAGAUGAGGAAGCUCAGAGGUGUGUGUGAGAGGGAGAGAGAGAGUGUGUGUGUUGUGCCAGUCUCAGAGCGGGUGGAGCUCCGCUGCCAUUUGUCCAAAACUCUGCUUUUAAUAACAGAACAAAAGAAGAACUAAAAAUGCAUAUGUUUAAAAAAUGUCGUCCCCCCACGCCGCGGUUUGGUAAUUUUAUAUGGACUGUGGCUUUGGCUCUUGACAAAAAGAUCCAGGCUGAAGAAAAGAACCGGGAACGCUUACACACUUUUUAAUGUUUGAUUUUAUAUAUUUAUUCAUUUUUUAUUUUCUUAUUAUUUCAAUUCCACAAGGGGCCACAAAGAAGUUUCUGGAGAAGUCCUCAAAAGCAGAAAGGACUGAAAAUAAUUCAGUGUUGUUGCCCUUUGAGGUCACACACUAUUAUUAGAUGAACCUUCAAGCUUAAACUGAUGAUGGUUCACCCAAGAAUGAUCAUUUACUUUCCUUAAUGUCCCUCCAAAACCGGUCUGACUUCCUUCUGUGACACAAAAAUGGAAAAAGAAACUGGAAAUAUUCUUUCAGCUUUCAUCUUUAUCGUAUUUCCGUAUACAUUUGAACAGGACUGUGUAAAUUGUGCUAAACAUCUCUAUUUGUGUUCAUACAGAAGAAAGAGAGACAUCAAUGAUGAUUUGUAAGAGAACUAGUUCUUUAAAGAGGCUUGUGGACGAUAGCGUGAUUCAUUGUCUCUCCUCGUGUUUCUGAAAACUCUACGAUGUUCAGAGACUCUGAAUAUUUUAUUUUAAUGUAUGAAUUCUCAGUUUUGUGUGAUGUUUCCUUUCGUUAUGAGUCCACGAUGAAGACGACUCAAUCGCUGUAACUUGCUUUUUCUUCCUUUAAAUUCUGUAUUUCAGAAUUGUGACAAUAAAAACAUAAAAUCUA